AUGCGUCAGGAGUUGCUAGUGCUUGUGCUGGUGAUUUUGGCGGCGCUGUAUCGUAUUGUUGACAACUAUGGAUGGACACACUCGAUCUACAACCACAUCUCGUAUCGAACUGCUGAUGGUGGCUUUCUCGUCAAUCCCUUUGGUCUACUCUACUCAGAGGUCACGCCCGAGUCCCUGGUCAAGCUCGAUGGCAACGGUGCGGUCCUCGACAACGGAUCGACCGAGUUCUCGUUCUCGCAAGCUGCCUUUGUCCUCCAUGCGGCCAUCCAUGACGUCCGCAAAGACGCACGCUGCCUCAUCCAUACCCACACUCUGGCUGGCGGUGCUGUUGCAGCUUCGCGCCAUGGCCUGAGGGUUGUCGGCCAAGAAGCCGCCAUCGUCGGCCCGAUCUCCUACCACGACUACACAGGCAUUCUCAUAGACCCAGAGAAGGAGCGCUGCGCUCUACAGGCCUCGUUCCAGCCACCAUCGAUGGCGCUCAUCCUCCGCAACCACGGCCUCAUGGCCGCAGGCCGCUCGGCCGGCGAGGCCCUGCACUACAUGUUCAAUCUCGUUCACGCCUGCGAGGUCUCUGUCGCCGCCUGCGCUGCUGCUGGCGGCAACAUCGACGAUCUCUGUGAGAUUGACGAUUCCACUGUCGCCUCGGUCCACGCCACUGCCUCUGGCGGCGGCGGCGGCGUGACCACCACCACCGGUCCACCACCCCCGGUCGGCAGCCUCGAGUUUGACGCUGCCGUCCGCUCUCUCGAUCUCCCCUGGGACGUCCCCAUCCAACGGCAAUCAGACUCACUGUAA